AUGACCCCUAUCCAGAGGCAUGCGAUACCAUUGUUGCUGUUGAACUCCAAGGAAGAGGACAUCACAUCACCCACUACAGUUGGCCUCCUUGACCUGAUGGCAGCCGCUCAAACGGGUUCCGGAAAGACUUUGGCCUACCUUCUACCCACUCUCAGUCGAAUGAUGUCAACUUACCCUGCAGAAGCAAUGAAUGCACUGGCGGACAGCAAAUAUACAGUUCAGUAUCCAACGGCCCUGAUUUUGGCUCCCACUCGUGAACUCGUCAAUCAAAUUCGUAUGGAGGCCAGCAAGCUGUGCUACAGGACAUACGUCCGUCCCGUCGCUCUGUUUGGCGGAGAGAGACCAGAUCGUCAAGUGAGCGAAGUUGGGCGUGGUUGUCAUCUGACUAUUGCAACCCCCGGCCGUCUCUUAGACUUCCUUGACCGUCAAGUUCUCAAUCUAUCUCAUUGCAGUUAUCUUAUCAUGAUGACUGAAAACAAGAAAAACGACGGUCCCAUACCCAACAAUUCCUUAAUUGUUUAUUAA